GAUUAUUUGUACAACUGGUUACUGUUAUCCAUUUAUUUGCCUCUACGGGGGAGAAAAGAAAAAACCAUGUUUUUGCUGUGUGCACCUGUCCCUUUUGUUAUAUACUCAGGUGACCCUUCUUAGCCCUCAGGGUAUAAACUGUCCGAUGCUCUGAAUAAAGUUGGCUAUUGCAUGAGGCAUUAGUCUGCCUCAUUUCUAGGCUCCACUCCCCUAGGCUCCACCAUCGUUAGAGCAGUAAAUAGGAAGAGAUACAAAAAUGGGCAGCAUAUGGAAGCAGCGAAUGCUUUGUAGUACUAGAAGAUAAAGCAAAAUGUUAGCUAUGAUAAACGUCAGCAGGGAGCUGAACUGUAGACCCUUUGGUGUGGCUAGUCCACGCACUUCAGAGAUGGAUGCUCUGCUUCUCCCUAAGCUAUUCUCCCAGAAAAACUUACAGAAGAUGCAAAAGAAUUUCUGAGUAAUAAGGAAUAACGAAAAGCCAUCAAAGCUGCUGCCAAAACUGUUAAAAUAAUCCCAGUAGUGGGUUAUUCCAGAAAACUGCAAGGAGAGAAAAGAAGAGAAAGAAAGCAGAUCACAUGGAGUGCUAGAGUCUGCAGGAUACAAGAAACCUUGGCUGUAACCAGUUAGAAGGAAAAGAGAUUUGCACUCAUCAGCCACAGUAGAAACAAAACAAAACAAAACAAAAGCUUGGAGUUUCAUAUCAGAUUCAGAAAGGGAGAGAUAGAACUGAACUGGCCUGAGCUUUGAAGUGACACCACUGGAAAAGCAAGGACAGGGCAACUAAGGGGACAUGGGAAGGUAAGACCUUACCAACGCAAAGGUCCCAUGUGCCUCUCCUGCUAAUUCAGAGUAAAAACAAUCAGAAAACCUGAAGUUGCUUACAAAGAUGGUGGGUAUUUACCUAAGACACCAGCUGGCCUCUGCUUCAACCCCACCCAUGGGUUUCUCCUGCCCAUUUUCCACACAGCAGCAAGAGUGGUCCUGCCAAGGGAGCAGCACAAAGCCACAGCUUUCCCAUAUCAUGAACUGCUGUCUAAGGGUUUGGCUUCACACAUCUGUGCCCCCCCAGGUUCCCCCAUGCCACAGUGCCCUCUAGCUUUGGACCUCUUACUCCUAUGCAUCCCUAUGCUUACCUCCCUCCAGUUGUAGCAGGCCUCAGCCCCCAUCUCUCCUAUAUGACACUUCUCUCACAUAACAGCAAAAUUAUCUGAAACUUGCUAGGAUAAUCAUGAGAUUAUCACAAUUCGACAGCCUGAUAAUUCUAUCAGAAGACUUUCACAAACUACCUGAUACAAGUCUGCAUAGCUCAACCUCCACCUGUUCCUCUCUCCUUAGCCCUCCAGCAUUCCCAACUAGAUGUCACAUUUUAUAUGUUGUCAUCUUUUCCAUUUUCUUCUCUAGAAUGGAAAUCUCAUGAAAGCAAGACCAUGCAGUAAUUGACUGCUCUCACUCAUAGCUAACAGUGACUGGGUCUGGAAAUGAUAACUGAAGCUUCCUUUUACCUGUUCAGUGCGACCAAGAGAAGGGUGUUUUUCAGAAAUGUGCAGAUUUUAAUACCUGCCACUUGGACAGCUCAUAAUUACAGCAGAGUAAGACAAGAAUCCUAUGACAAGGCAAAUGUCAUAGUGGCUGAGCAGAGUGGGGAGUCCGGAGAUGAUCCGUAUACCCUACAACACAGAGGGUGUGGGGAAGAGGGGAAAUACAUCCACUUCACCCCCAACUUCCUACUCAGCGAUGACUUAGCAGCAGGAUAUGGCUCAAGAGGCAGAGUGUUUGUCCAUGAGUGGGCCCAUCUCCGCUGGGGUGUAUUUGAUGAAUAUAACAACGACAAGCCGUUCUAUGUGAAUGGGCGGAAUGAGAUUCAAGCCACCAGGUGUUCAUCUGACAUCACAGGCGUUUUUGUGUGUGAAAAGGGCCUUUGCCCCCACGAAGACUGCAUUGUUAGCAAGCUUUUUAGAGAAGGAUGCACAUUCCUCUACAACAGCACCCAGAAUGCAACUGGAUCGAUAAUGUUCAUGCAGAGUCUACCUUCUGUGGUUGAAUUCUGUAACGAAGGUACGCACAACCAAGAAGCCCCAAACCUCCAGAACCAAGUGUGCAGCCUCAGAAGCACUUGGGAUGUGAUCAAAGACUCCUCUGACCUGAACCAUAGCCUCCCCGUGCCUGGGGUUGAGCUUCCAGCACCUCCCACGUUCUCCCUCUUGCAGGCUGGCGACCGAGUGGUCUGCUUGGUGAUUGAUGUGUCCAGGAAGAUGGCAGAGGGCCAUCAAAAAAGUGCCUACCUAGUGGGUUCGUUGGCAGCAUUGUCACAGUGCUUGAUUACUGCCUGCCACAUAUAUAUAUUGCAGGGAGGUAGACUCCUCAGACUACAACAAGCGGCUGAACUGUACUUGAUGCAGGUUGUCGAAGCGCAUACUUUUGUGGGCAUUGUCACUUUUGAUAGCAAAGGAGAAAUCCAAGCCCCGCUGCAACAAAUUAACAGUGAAAAUGACCGGAAGCUGCUGGUUUCGUACCUGCCAACCUCUGUAUCCACUGAAGCAGAAGCAAGCAUCUGUGCGGGGGUGAAGAAAGGCUUUGAGGUGGUUGAGAAGCAGAAUGGAAGAGCCGAUGGCUCUGUCAUGAUAUUAGUGACUAGUGGAGCAGAUGAACACAUCGCCAACUGCCUGCUCACCACGGUGAGCAGUGGAUCCACCAUUCACUCCAUAGUCCUGGGUUCCUCUGAAGCCAGAAAAGUGGGGGAAUUAUCACAUCUUACAGGAGGUUUAAAGUUCUUCAUUCCAGAUAAAUUUACUUCUAACGGAAUGACUGAAGCUUUUGGUAGAAUCUCUUCUGGAACAGGAGACAUCUUCCAGCAAAGCUUACAGCUUGAAAGCAGGUGCGAAACUGUGCAACCCCAGCACCAACUGUCGAAUACGGUAACUGUGGAUAGCUCUGUGGGCAAUGACACAGUUUUCCUAGUCAUGUGGCAGACUGGUGGUGCCCCUGAGAUUGUAUUAUUGGAUCCUAGUGGAAGAAAAUACAACACUGAUGACUUUGUCAUCAAUCUGGCCUUUCGGACAGCCAGCCUUAAGAUUCCAGGAACUGCUAAGCAUGGGCCCUGGACUUAUACUCUGAACAACACCCACCAUUCUCCUCAAGCUCUGAAAGUGACAGUGGCCUCCCGGGCCUCCAGCCUGGCCAUGUCCCCAGCCACCGUGGAAGCCUUUGUAGAAAGAGACAGCACUCAUUUUCCUCAGCCAGUGAUAAUUUAUGCGAAUGUGAGGAAGGGCCUGCAACCCAUACUCAAUGCCACCGUGGUGGCAACAGUUGAGCCGGAGGCUGGAGAUCCUGUUGCACUGCAACUUUUGGAUGAAGGAGCAGGUGCUGAUGUUAUAAGAAAUGAUGGAAUUUACUCCAGGUAUUUUUCCUCCUUUGCUGUAAGUGGUAGCUAUAGCCUGACAGUACAUGUGCGUCACUCUCCCAGCAUAAGCACCCUAGCCCACUCUGUCCCAGGAAGCCAUGCUAUGUAUGUACCAGGUUACAUAACGAACGAUAAUAUUCAAAUGAACACUCCCAAAAAAUCGGGCCACAGACAUGAGAAGGAGAGGUGGGGCUUCAGCCGAGUGAGCUCUGGAGGCUCCUUCUUAGUGCUGGGAGUCCCAGAUGGCCCCCACCCUGACAUGUUUCCACCAUGCAAAAUUACUGACCUGGAAGCCGUGAAAGUAGAAGACGAUGUGAUCCUCUCCUGGACGGCACCUGGGGAAGACUUCGAUCACGGGCAGACUACAAGCUAUGAAAUCAGAAUGAGCAAAAGUCUACGGAGUAUUCGGGAAGACUUUGACAAUGCCAUCUUGGUGAACCCGUCAGAGCUGGUUCCUCAGCAUGCCGGCACCAGGGAGACAUUUACAUUCUCACCCAAGCUUGUCACCCAUGAACUUGAACAUGAACCUGAUGAAGAAGCACAAGAAACCUACAUAGUGUAUGUGGCCCUGAGAGCCAUGGAUAAAAGCUCCCUCCGGUCAGCUGUGUCAAACAUUGCCCUGGUAUCGAUGUCUCCUCCACCAAACUCUGCUCCUGCGGCAAGCAGAGAUGAUCUGGUCCUGAAAGGAGUUCUAACAACAGUAGGUUUGCUAGCAACCCUUUGCCUUAUCAUGGUUGUAGCACACUGUACUUUAAACAGGAAAAAGAGAGGGUCAAGGAAAGAGAAUGAGACAAAAUUUCUGUGAACAAUCAGACACAGCACCUUCCUUCUUGUAUAUGAUGACCACGGCCUUUACAUCCACAAAAUAAAACGCCAACAAAACCAAAUUAGCCUCCACAUUAGGACUUUUACAUAGAAGAUAGAUGUUUCACCCCCAACCCCCCAAAAUCAACUUUUGAUAAUCAUUUUGUGGAAAGGGUUAGAAAACAAUGUAAGGUUCCAGUUAUGGAAAAAUAUAAGGACCAAAUCAAAUCAGUCAGGAAAAGCUUGGUUUCUUGAAGUCCAGGUCAGAAGAAGUUCUGGGUACAGAAAAGGAUGUUGGGCCUGAGUUAGACAGUGUAACUAUCUAUUGUGUUACUUUGGUGAAUUUCUCAUCUCUGCUUAUCUGUGCAGAGCACGAUGCCUGUUUCUAACUGACAACCAAGCUGCUUUAUAGACGAGGCCACACUCUAGGGUUCUUUAUAUCUUGUCCUUUGGUUACAAGCCACCACUAAUGCACAGGCAGGACUUUCCCACCGUGAGAGGAGACCUGAGAAUGCAGCUGUUGUGCUUGGCUCUUGGAUGCUGAUGUGUAGCAGUGCUCAGGUCACCUGAGUUUAUUGUUUGUAAGACUUUAGUGUCAUUGAAGCAGCUUUCUAAGUCAUUGCCUUGGAAAUAAUUGAGUUAAAAUGGUUACCAAUCCAAUGAGGCUUUAAGUAAAGGGUAAAAGACAUUAUUCUGAAAUAAUUUUUACAUAUAUACCAUAUAGUUUUGUUCCAUCUCAAACAAGAAGUCAUGGAUGGAAAGGUGUUUAGAACCAACUCUCAAAUUCUGUCCUGGUUAAAUAAGAAUCCACAAAUCUCUUCUUCAUGAAGGACACAGAGAGAAGACAGCAGAGAAAAUAAAUAUAGAAAUAAGAACUGUCUAAGGUCACUUCUGCCUUUUGAAAAGUGUUAAUAGUAUCAUGUCAUUUCUAAAUUCAAGAGCUUGAAAGUUUAUUGAAUAAAUAUGAUGUUACAGAUGAA